CAGCCCGCCCGCCCCUCAGCAUGCCAUGGGGCGGAGAUGGGAUACGACAGACAGACGGCUGCGGGUAGGCGCGCGCAACGGGCCAACUCGAAACGAUGCUGUCAAAACGAGAGACGUCUGCACCGAACAGCUCUGGAACAGAGAGAGAUACAGGAGGAGGGGUCACCUCGUAGACGACGCGUCGAUGCCAUGUCCGAGUCUGUUAGCGGCAUGCAGCAAUGAAGCAGGCGUUGCGGUUGAGAAUGCGGGGAAGUUUGUGUGAAUGAAGCGCCUCGCAUGCACAUGGCCAAUUGAGCGUGUUUCGAGAUGAUGAUCAUGGCCAGCAUCCAAGACGCGCCGUGAACGGACUGGAAGCAUAUGGCCUGCAGUUUCAUGUGUGCAUAUACAUUUUUUUUUUUUUUGAAUUGUGUCGCAAGAGGCUGCCCCGCCUCAACAACAAACACACGACCGGGGAACGAACGUGGAGCUGGAGCUGGGUGGAGAGAGAUGGAUGGCGAUGAUGAAUUUUCAGACUUGCUGGCGAACCAGAAGUUGCAUGCAGCUGGUGUUGAGGCUCGCUUUCCCGGGUGGGCAGGGGCCACGGAACUGCUGCUAGGAUGCGGCUUAGCGCGGCCUCGAGGACGGGCAUCUGAUUGGGCCAGGCCCGACCGCCUUUCUGCAGGCCGUGGCGCCGAUCCAGGCUCGUUGAGGUCGCAAGAGGGAAGUAUUUUUUUCUCGUCGGAGGGCGGCUGCGGCUGCGAAGCUCACUCGAAGCCGCAAAAGCCUUAUCGCCCCGAUCAGUGCAUUCAGGUACCACGAAUGUGCUUUGCAACGGGCAGAGGCCAGCCAGCACAUUCUUCUCCAAGACGAGACGUCGUCGUCAGCCACGCCACCGUUUCCAGCGCGCGUCCAACGGCUGGCACAAACGACAAUGACAUCAUGCUGUAGAUAGACUGUAGACCUAGACGAGGGCGUGCGUGGCUUGAGCGGCUGUGGCCACACAACAAGC